AGUAGUUGUACGCAUUGCUACCUACAUUUUCUUGCACAGCCUUCGAGCAAUUCUUUUUCUUGGCUCUUGCCUUAGUUGUCACAACAUUCGCAAAAAUUUCGCGCCACGCAGCACAGCCGACUAUGGCAAGCAUUAUGUCAGAUAAACACGAGCGUGUGCGCGCUCGUGUGCGUGAGGCUUUUGUACUCUUUGAACACAAGGAAGGGAGCAGAUUGGUAGACUUUAAAGACGUCCCAGUUGCAGUUCGCGCAUGCGGUGUUAACCCAACAUCGGUUCAACUGAACCUAAUCUUGGACCAGUUAGCUGCGCUCAACGCGGAAUCAGAAGCGACGGGCCUGGUUGGCUUGGAGAACUUUGAGCUGGUCGUCUCAAACUUCUUGAUACAGCAGGAGGCGAGUCUCUUCAGGGACGAUUACCACACCUUGCUGCGCGCGUUCCGCGCUUUCGACCCGGAGGGCCGCGGCUACAUCGAGGCGGAGACGCUGCGGCAGCUUCUAAGCGGACGCGGCGAAGUCAUGUCAGAGGACGAAAUGAACAAGAUGAUGACGGUGGCUGUGGACGAGCAGGGGCGCAUAUGUUACGAGGACUACGCGCAGCGGCUCGCCAAUGACGGGCGACGCAUCUGAUGUAGCACUGCAGCAGCAGCAGCAGGAUGUACGAGCAGGUGGCACAUGGGGCCAUAGAGCGGCGUGUCACCCCUACUGCGCAGCGCUCGGCGUGACGUGAGCCCCGGUUGGCGUCCUCAUCCGCCGUAGCGCGUGUUGGGAGGUACAGGAGGUACUGCUGCAGGGAGAGCAAGGGGAGCAGGUCGUCGGUUAUCUCUGCUCACAGAUGGGGAUGCCUGUCCCAAUGCCUUGCAGCAAAUGGAUAGUCAGCCAAUGCAGUCCCGCGGGUAGGGAUGUAGUCUAGGAGAUGGCGCCUCUUGCAGGGCCGAGUGGGGCCAGGAGGGCGGGGGAGUUGGUGCAGGAUUGACGGCUGCAGGGCUGGCAUGGCAGGGAGUGGACGGGUUGCAAGGGGGGUGGGUGAGGUUGCAUUCGCAGCUAGUCACAUUCGCACCGUGCGUCUACGCCUUCUGCCUCGGGGUGGUCCCGCGUGGGGGUCUCAAGGAUUCUGGGACCUGUGGUAGGGCCGCAGUUGCAAUGUGGGGGUACUCAAGCACCCGAGCACUGUUACCGGUAGUUAGAGGCGGCUGAUUCGGUGUGGGCGCGUGCGAGCUCCCGGGCUGCAUGGCUGGGGUGCUGCUGCUGGUGCUGGUGCUGCAUGGGGGCGCUGAGAUGGAUGCGUCGUAUGCGGCCGCUAGGGCUGGUUCACCUUCCCUUGCAGUGCUCUUUAUGAUGAAGAGCAAGGGGGAAGACGUACUGUGUGUCUUCCCCUCUCACCUUCAAUUAGUACGGUAUAGAGCAGCAUUCACUAUUUGUGAUGUUGCAGUGAUGUUGCAGAGGGAGUAGCAGGAGGGGAUGCGCUUGGGGUGCGGCAUACAUGGGGUGACAGGUUCAGGCCGAGAGGUGGUCGCAUGAGAAAGGGCCGCAAGGGUUGGGUUGUCAUGGUGGGGUGGUUAGGUUAUUAGGGGUUUAGGUGCAAGCAAGCUUACUGGGCUUACUACUUUUUGUAGGACAGACAAGAUGGUCGCUAGGCAGCGUCCCAGACGUGCAUGGGAGCAAGCCACGUGUUUCUCUCCCUGUAGGUUUUACCCAACUCGCAAGGAUUGGCAUGGAUGUCGGCAUAACUUUUUACGGCAGUUGCGGUUAAUAGCAGUGUAGGAAUUAGGCACCCCUACUAACGAGGAUUACUGUAUUGACGUGCCGCGCGCGCGGAGGGCUUUUAACUCCGUUUUGCAUGCAUGUAUGUUGUUGGGUGUGCAUCACUCCCGGGAUGAGGGUGGUAGAAGCGAGAGAUGCGGCUUGAGGAUGAAGAGGCUUGUACUGCUGCGUAUGGCUGCCGGCACUUCUCUCACCUUCACUGCAUCAGGCAU